AUGGAUUUCCUGGAAGCCAAACAUCCCCAGCAGCUGCUGCAGCCGCAGCCCGAAAUGCAGGCACAGCUUCAGCUUCAGGGUCGAAACAUCAUAAGGAAGUUGACCCUGGUAGCAGCCAUUGCAGCAGGUGUGCAGUUUGUAUGGGCCGUGCAACUAACACAUUUGACUCCCAUGACACAGCUCUUAGGCCUCAGCCAUAAGGCCGUAUCCCUCAUAUGGCUCUGUGGCCCCAUCACCGGAUUGAUCGUCCAGCCCCUUGUCGGGCACCACAGCGAUCGCUGCACCUCAUCUUACGGCAUGCGACGUCCUUAUCUUGUGGCCGGCACUCUCUUGAACCUUGUUUCAGUCUCCAUCAUUGGCUUUUGUUCUGAUAUAGGAACUUCCCUGGGUGACCCUGCAGAUGGCUUCAAGCCCAAGACAGUGGAGCUGUUUGUGUUUGGUUUUUGGUUGUUAGACAUCUCCAAUAAUAUGAUACAGGGUCCAUGUAGAGCCCUGUUGGCUGAUUUAUCAGAGGACAGUGGAGAAAUGAUGACAAUAGGGAAUGCCCUUUAUGCAUUCUUCAUGGCUGUGGGAAAUACGGCCGGAUACGCCGUUGGAUCCCUUGAGCAGCUUCAUCUUAUGCCCGGCGCAGUGACGCCGUCUUGCAAUCAUAUGUGUGCCAAUUUGAAAGUAUGCAUUCUUAUGAGCGGCAUCUUUACAGCAUUCACAGUGACAGUGGUUGCUUUAUGCAUAAAGGAGGUGCCAUUGGAGGCGUCGUAUCCGGAUUUUUGCCAUCAAGACAGCCUCAAUUCCAUAGGGAAACCACCAUCAGUGUUGAUGCAGAUUGUAAUAGCCGCUAGAGGCACUUCCAAUGCAGUCAGGACUCUGUACACAAUCACAGCCCUUAGUUGGAUAGGAAUCUUUCCCUUCAUGCUGUACAGCACGGAUUGGAUGGGAAAGGAGGUGUUCGGAGGGGAGCCUUCCGGAACAGCGCAGCAGGUAGCAGUAUACGACAGAGGGGUACACGCUGGCUCGCUGGGGCUGAUGUUUUCCGUGCUCGUGAUGGGGGCUGCGUCGCUCUUGCUGGAGCCGUUGGCGCUGAUUCUUGGCACUUUGCAGCGUCUUUGGUGCGCCGGAAACUUCAUUCUCGCAUUAUGUAUGGGAUUGACAAUAGUCCUAAGUAAAAUGGCCUACAAUGUGAGAAUAGCUGCUGGCGGGACUUUACCUGAUCGGCCUCCGAUGGACGUCACAGUGUUGUGUUUCCUUCUCAUGGCUACUUUCGGUGUCCCACAAGCGAUACUUUGCAGCAUCCCGUUUGCACUAGCUUGUAUAUACUCGAGAGACACAGGGACAGGCCAAGGUUUGACUUUAGGGCUUUUGAAUCUUGCGAUUGUAGUUCCGCAGGUUGGAGUGACAGUGAUUAGUGGACCACUGGACGAACUGUUUAGCAACUCAAACCUACCAGGGUUUGUGUUGGGAGGCAUUGCCGCUGUUAUUGGAGGAAUUGCGGCUCUGAAAUUGCCCAAUCUUCACGCCCCUCCAGCUGUCUCAGAGCCAACCAAAAUGACAGCAGAUGCUGCUGCUACACCCGGCUUUUUGUAG